AUGAUUCCUGACGACGGCAUCUACGCGUCUUUGAUCACUGCAGCCAUCCAGGGCAAGAUCUUGGGAAUUGCGGGCGGGCCAAACUGCCGCUCUCGCAGUGUCUUGAGGCACUAUGAGAUUCCUGGAUGUGAUACUGCACCUCGGCCUGUCAGAGCAUGGAAAGGAGAGGAGUAUGGGAAGAAAGAUUUGAGUGAAAAAGAGAAGAAAUUGGUGGAAGAGGAUGACAUCCUUUUGUGGCGUCAAAUUUUUCUUUUCAUGAUUGCAACAUAUGCUCGACGAGCUCGAGGGCAUGAUCAUCCACGGGCUUUUGUGCUUGAGCAGCCAUCUUCACCACGAGAGUACGAAGUUGUUUCAUUUUGGGAUCAAUGGGAAUGGCAUGAAAUUAAAAAGGAGUUUGAGUUGAAGGAGACGCACUUCACACAAAAGAGCUUGGGUGGGGAAGCCACGAAACCCACCACUUUGGGAACUUCACUUGAUUUGGUUCCAGAAGAUUUUCCAAUCAAAGGUCCUGUUUGUCCUGGGGGAGUUCGAUCGUCAAAAGAUCUUGCUCGGUGGCCACCUGGUCUGAUGCGGAUGUUAGCUGUGGCCAUCAAAGAACAGACCAUGCAAUCACAUGCAAGGAUUGCUCCUAUGUCUUGGGAGGAUCACAUCAGAUUUGGCCACGUUCCCUAUCGCAAAGACUGCAAGACAUGUCAGGAAACCCUUCAACAACAAGAACCUCAUCGCCGAGCCCGGCAUCUUCAAACUGGCACUUUGUCUCUGGAUGUGGCUGGUCCUUUCACACCAGCAUAUGACCUUGGAGGACACAUGGCACGAGAAGAACCAGCUUUAGAAGAAGCUAGAGAAGCAGAAGCAGAAGAAAAAGAGGAGGCAGAAGUGCAGGUCGAAGAAGGCGAGGCUCCAAGAAUCGCCAAAGUUUUGAUGAAACAGACUUCAGAGCCUGUACAACAUGGUGUUUGGGUUGGCCUUGAAACCCAAAUUUUGGAUGCGUCGAUGGAAGCACAAGAAGAGGAGGAGACAGAGAAGUGGAAGGUCAAAGCUAGAAUCAGAAGAAUCAUAGAAGAAGAGAUGAGAGCGAUGGUUGAAGAUGAUGAGGAAACAGCCAUGGAUGAGAUGGCUGUGAUUGGUAGACUGCGCAAAGCUGUGGAAAGUAUGGAAGACUCCGAGGAGAUCCUGCAGACCAAGAUCAUCUCACCGAAAGAAGUUUGGGAGCAUUGGGAAGAAUGGGAAGUGGUGUACUCCAAAAAGCCCAUUCCGGGUGGAUCCAAACACAAGGUGAGAUGGGUCAUCUGUGGAAACUACGAGGAAAAAAGAGAUGAUGAACAGACCUACAGUGCAGGUGCUGAUGCCACAGCUUUCAGACUCAUGCUGUGGUUUGCUGCGAGGAACCAAUGGCUGGGCAUGUCAUUGGACAUCCGUACGGCUUUUUUGAACGCCGUCAUUGACCAGGAGGAUCAAUCCAACUACAUCCUGGUCGCUCCUCCUACCAUCUUUGUCAAGAAAGGCUGCUUGCGACCUGGAACACUUUACAGGCCAAAAAGAGCGGUCUAUGGGUUGAGAAGAUCUCCAAGAUUGUGGGGACUUUGCAGAGAUAGCGAGAUGAGAAGUUUUGAAGUAGAAGUAGAAAAGAAAGAAGGAGGAAAGAUCAAGCUGCAGUUGAGGCAGCUGGAUUCUGAGCCAAACCUUUGGCGUCUGGAAGAAGUUGGAAAAGAAGAAGGAAGCGAGCCAAGCAUUCAGUAUGGCUUGGUCAUGACCUAUGUAGACGACAUUUUCAUCGCUGGCCCCCCUGAAGUCACCAGAGCGGUGGCACAGAAGUUCCAAGCGACUUGGACCACGUCAGAACCAGAAGUCGUGGGGGAGGAAGCCAUUCGCUUCCUUGGCAUGGAAGUGUCAACCUCAAAGAAUGCCGAAGGUCGAGAUGUUUGGCAUGUCACCCAAGAAUCCUUUGUCAAGGACCUGGUGAAACGGCAGGCCAAAGAAGUUCAGCCAAAGAAGAUCCCAAUCACUCGGGACCAAGCUCUGAUGACUUUGGACCCAAGUCCACCAACUUUGGAGAAAGUCAGAAAAUGUCAGAAAGUGGUAGGUGAACUGCUUUGGGUUCUGACGCGAACUCGUCCGGACCUCAUGUACAGCAUCUCAAGGCUGGGCUCCAACGUCACAAAAGCCACCAGCUCAGUUCUUGAGGCAGCUGAUCAAGUUCAAGGAUACCUUCUGAAAACUUGUGCAGAAGGGCUCCGCUACCAAGAUGAUGAGAAAGAACCAAUCAAGAUACAAGUUUUCUCAGAU